AUGCCCCUUCCAGUCGAAAAUGAUCACGAGAUCACUUUUUCGGCACUCGACACCAAGGGCGUCCACAUGCCCCAUAACGAUCCUCUCCUUAUCGACCUUGAUAUCGGUGAGUGCUUAGUCACAAAAGUCCUUAUCGAUACCGGUAGCUCGGUCGAUCUCAUCUUCCGCGACACACUCGACAAGAUGGGCGUUGAUUUGAGAGAUAUGAAACCUUCCUCUCGCACGCUCAGCGGCUUCAAUGGAGCCUCGGAUCAAAUGAUCGGGACGAUUCGUUUUCCGCUGUUCCUUUCGACUUACCAUCAAUGCGUCAAGUUUCCCGGAAAAGAUGGCAAAACGCAGACGAUCCGCGGAGACCAACAAGCCGCGAGAGAACUGCUGAUCGCUACUGUCAAGAUGCAACAACAAAAUUCCCUUGUCAACUCCGUUGAACGCUUCGACGUUCUCCUGGAAGACCUCCGACAUGAAGGGAAUCGACCCCGCAUUACCUCCCAUGAACUGCACGUCGAUCCGACAUUCAAACCCAUCCGACAGAAGCAACGAAAACUCGGGCCAGAACGAUCUAAAGCUGUAAACGAAGAAGUCAAUAGGCUUCUCGAUGCGGGUUUCAUUACCGAAGUCCGGUAUCCCAAGUGGCUGGCUAAUCCGGUUGUCGUCAAGAAGAAAAAUGUCAAAUGGCGCAUAUGCGUCGAUUUCACGGACCUCAACAAGGCAUGCCCAAAGGACAGUUACCCACUUCCUCACAUCGAACGCCUCGUCGAAUCAACUGCAACGCUACCCUUCAUGGACGCUUUUUCGGGUACAACCAGAUCUUGA